CCUCCUCUCUCCAUCCGUGCAUCUUUUUUGCUCUCACUAUCACUCCCUCACUCACGCGUUGUUCUUCUUUCUCUCUCCUCCAAAUUUAUUCAUUGCAUUUGCAUCUAAUUUCUCUCUCUGUCUUCUACUUUUCUGUCCUUCCUCUCAUCUCACUCUUCUUGAGUAGAUAAGCUCCCAACAAUUCUACUCUCAGAUCUUCUCUCGGAAUUCAAGUAGUGGGGUAAAAAGGAAGAAUAUUAAAAAGAGAAAAAGAAAAAAGUGGCGAUCAGUUAAGAACACAGCAUGCGGUGGUUUUGUUUAUCAGUAGAUGUGUUUCGCAAAGUUGUCUCUUUGAACUUAUAUUGCCGUGUAAUUCUGUAAAUCCCCAAUUUUCUCCAUCACAAAAAAACCCUUAAUUUUCAACCCUUUAGAAUCAGAAAUCCCUAAUUUUAAUUACAUGGGUUCUUUUUUCUUCAUCGUUAUCCCCUGUUACGUUCGCAGGAUCAGCUAAAUUUCUUCAUUUUCUCUGAUUUUCUUCAACAUUGUUGAAUAUUUGUAGUUUAAUUUUUGUGGGUUUUUUUUGGGUAAAUUAUUCCUUUCCUUAAAAGAAAGGUUGGGUUGUGGGGUUGGAGUUAGUAGUAGUAGUUAUGGUGUGCCAAGCAGCUAGUCAGACAAGAUUCCGGGCUUUGAAACAUGAAAAUGGAGUUGAUGGUUUUGCUACAAUCAUAGUUAGAGUCAUUGCUUGCUUCCAACCUCUUCGCAAUUGUCAGGCUGAAUACUUCCGUCAUUUACUCAAGCCAGUUACGUAGAUAGGAUUAUAGUUCUGUGUUUUGGGUUUUGGUUCAACUGGGUUUCUUAUUUUUCUUGCAACUUCUUGGAUAAAGUUUACAAGCAAUUACAAAGCAAGGCUCACAACUUGUCCCUGUUGUGAUAACUGUUUGUGUUGAUGGGGAAGGACUUCGAGUCCUGGUUACACCUACGGCAACCAGAUGGGCAGUUUCCUAACGCUGAAUCCUUGAAACUGCCAUUUGAUAUAGGGAUGCAAAGCACGGGCAUCCCUUGUGCAAGACCUUGCACCAAUGCAGCUCCUGUGAGUAGUGCCUUGCCAUCAUUUGAAUUUGCGGGACCACCUGAUUUUAAGGUUGGGCAAUUUAAGGAGCCUCAUGGGUGGUUUUAUUGUUUGCCUCGGUUUAGGCAGGGUCUUCUACCAGAUACGACGCUUCAAAGUAAGCUCAUGCCAGAAAUUGAAUUUCCUGGCAGGGCUCCUGCCUCUGCUAAUGAAAAUCUUGGCGAGUCCAAUGUGUCCCCCCCUGAUGCUGGACAUGGUCCGAAGCAAUUUCUUGUUUUUGAUCGGACAGGUAACAAAACAACCUUGAUAUUAAGUUCGAUGGUAGGUGCUUCAAACCAGCCACCCAACUCUUGGAACCGAAAACCUAGUUGUUACUACAACGUGAAAGAGGGUGUGCUUGGAAAUGGGAGCAAAGGGCACUUCCAUUCAGGACCUUAUCAAACUGAUGACUUGGACUAUGACGAUGAUGAUGAUGAGAUGAGUGAGAUGCAUGAAGACACAGAAGAUAUCAAUGCAUUGCUCUCCUCAGAUGAUGAAGAUAAUUACAGUGACAGUGAAGAAACAAGCACGGGACGUUCCCCCAGCACGAUGACUGGGUUUGAUGAUAACGAAGACAUGGAUGAAGUGGCAAGUUCUGCCGGACCUUUUAAAAGGCAGAAACUGUCCGAAAGUGCUUAUGAAGUUCCCUCAGUAACAUGCAACACUGCAAGUUCCCUAAAGCUUAAAGGGGCCUUAGAGUAUGAAGACGAUGCAGAAUCGAGCUGUGCUGGUGGGAAACCCACAAGGCCAUGUGAUAAUAUAUGUUCAUUAUCCGGUACUAAGAGAGAGAGAAAGGAGAAAAUACGCGAGACAGUGAGCAUCUUGCAGACUAUACUUCCAGGCAGAAAUAGUAAAGAUGCAGUUGUGGUAUUAGAUGAAGCCAUCAAUUAUCUUAAGACCCUGAAAUACAAAGCCAAAUCUUUAGGGAUUUCUGGCCAGUAGAAGGUCACUGGUGAAAUUUUUAGUAGCUUUUGGAAUCCUCUGUUGUUGGCCUACUGAAGAAGUUUUUCUCACUUGUGGACUGAAGACUUCAAUGAUUCAAAAGAUGGACCCUAAAAUCUACAUAACAGAAUACGCACGCCCCAUAUUGGGGGUUGAGAUGGGACCCAGCAAUAAAACUUCUUUCUUAUCUCAUUUGGUGUGUCUUUUCUAGGAGUAAUAUAUGUAGUACAGUAUUUUUUUUUUCUAAUGCCCUGUAUUAAGGUGGGUCAUCACUUUAAUGCUAGGCAUGGCACGAGGAGAGGCUAGUUGGCCUUUUGAUGUGUUUCAUCAUUAAUUAUAUUAAAUCAAAUUCUUGUUUCUUAAAUUUAA